UCACUUUCAGAAUAGCAUUGAAUUUCCAUUCGAAACUUUUUCGCUGUCAAUUAACAGCUACCUACACGGCCAGUGUCAAAUGAUGGCCUUGCAGGCGUAGCGAUACGCCUCAUAUGGGUUCUGUCAACAUAAAUGUCAAAGAAGACGUCAAUCUUAUUGUCAGGGCUCGACUGCCGGCUAGGUUUCCAGAAUAUGCGAAAAUGUCUUCAAAAUCUGUGAAAAAUGCCCUCAAAGAAGCUCGAGAAUUCAUCAAAAACAAAGAUUUUAAGCAAGCAAUUGAAAAAUGUCAGGCAGUGAUAAAAGAGGACCCCAAGAACUACAUGGGCCUUGUGCUGAUGGGAGCCGCGUAUCAAGACACCGACAAAAAGGAGGCGGCAUCUUCCCUUCGUAAAGCAGUGAACUGCGGAGUCGACCCCACGCUCGCCCUACAAGGUUUGGCGAAUUGUGCAGAUGUCGAAGAACUGCCUGAGAUCUACCGAAAACUCUUGAAAUUGGUUCCUGAUAAAGCGAAGGAAUAUCAGAGCAAGGUGGUGUUAAUAUCAGGCGAGAACAAGAUUUGGGAGGACUGCCUUUCUGUGCUGGAGGGAGAAGUCCACCUGGAAAAUACUGAAAGUAAUGCGGAGAGAGUGCAAUCGGCCUGGCUGAAUUUGUGUCGAGUGUUCUACAAGCAAACGGCCAUUCCAGAAAAAUGGAGCCGCUUGUACGAAAAAUGCCUGGAAGUCGCAGUAGCCAUCCCAUCCACCGAUGUUCACUUGGAGUCGUAUAAACGCUACAUCAAGUUGUUAUACAACACUAGCAGAAGUGCAGAUUGCCUUCAAAAAGCAGUGACCAUGACUGAACUCUAUCCUAGAGAAGUUUCUCCGCUGGAAUGGAUAUGUAAAGUUUACAGUGAAAAUGUUGAUAGCUCUACCGUAAAUUUGAAUUCACUUUUGAAAAAUCCGAUUGAAUCGUAUGCUGAGGGUUUACUCAACCUCAAUAAAAAUUCAUCGUUAGGAAUACUUGCUAAAGCUGUCAGCUUGUAUUCUACCGAAAAGUAUUCCCAAGCUAGAGAUCUUCUAGAACACAUUAAAUCCGAGGAGUCUAAAAACCCAGUUUGUUUGAAGUAUUUAGCUGAGUGUUAUGUGAAACUCGGUGCAUACACAAUGGCAAAAAGGGAAUAUGACUCGAUCAAUAGCACUGGAUCUGAAUAUGUGCUUUGCUUGUUGCACGACGAAAGCAAGGAGAGUCUCGAGAAGGCCGUUAACAUAUGUGAGGAGCUUUUGAAGACAUCCCCAGAGGAUGCGCUAAUACUUUAUUAUCUUGCCCGUGCACUGUUUAAUUUAAAUGAUAAAUCUAGAGCUGAAUCAAUGCUGAAACAGCUGAAAGAAAGUGGAUCGGAAGCAUUUGUGACUUUAUUAGAAGCUGAUUACGUGAGAACCUUGACUGAAACAAUCACACUUCUAGACAAUGAAACUACCGAUUCAUUCGAAAUAGAUCUCCUAAAAGGAAGGAAAUACCUCGAAGUAAAAGAAUUCGAAAAAGCGUUGACAUGCUUACUAAGAGCCACUAAACAAAAGCCCUAUUACUCCGGGUGUUUCUCGAGCUUGGGUCAACUUUACUCCUCCAUAAAUGAUUGGGCGCGAGCACGAAAAUGCUAUGAAAAAUGUAUUUACCUUAAUCCAAUGAAUAAACACGCCAUCGAACAUCUGAGCGGAAUUUAUCGUAAAAACGAAGAAUGGGAUUUGAAUUAUGCUCUCUUGCAGAAGGCCGGGAAAUACUUCCAAAAAACUAAGUGGCCACUCUUCCAAAUGGGUCUGCAUAAUUUAAGUUUGCAGAAAUUUGAUGAAGCAAUUGAUUCGUUUCGGUCCGCCCUCCGAUUUGAUAUAAGCGACAUACUUUGCUGGGAAGGGUUAGCUGAUGCUUAUUACCAGCGAGGAUCCUUCAACUCCGCGAUGAAGGUCUAUCAGAAAAUUAUUGAACUUGACCCGGAAAAUGAAUAUUCCAGAUUGCAAGUUGGAGUUGUGAAAUUGACAUUACGUAUGUAUUCCGAGUCUAUUGCUGCUUUUACGGAAUUACUUGAAACAUGCCCGGACUACUUACCAGCGUUAAAAGGAGCUGCAGAAGCCCACUAUUGUUAUGCAAUAUAUUUAUCAAGUAAAUGCUUAUUUGGAAGAUGUAAAGAAAACCUUCAAAACGCUACUGAUUGUUUGCAAAGAAUUUUUCUAACUGGAAAGCGAGAUAUGAUUUGGCUGUGGCGACUAUUGGCAAAUGUUUUCGUGGCUACCGGUCGAAUGUCCCCUACAAAAGCAUUUUUGAAUGUAAGCGGAAACUUAGCUGGUCAGGAAGAGGACAUUGUCGUUCUCGAGAAAAACGAAUUGUUUGAAUUUGCUGGAAGGUUUUACACGUGUGCGAUAAAGCUGAAUCCCGAGGAUUCCUUACUUUGGCAUGAACUAUCGCUUUGUUACUACUAUUUUGCCCUUCAAUAUGGGAAAGAUGCAGAAACCAGGAAGAGGCAUUUAAGGCUCGCAAUGGAUGCAAGUAAACAGUCUAUUCAAUUACAACCAAGUCGUUGGCAAAAUUGGAAUUUACUUGGUGUUAUAUGUACAACAAAUGAAAUCAAUAAUCUACCACUUGCUCAACAUUGCUUUAUCAAAGCAUUACAAAUCGAUAAAAAAUCAGCAUCUGCAUGGACGAAUUUAGGAAUACUAUACUUGAAGCAAGGAGAAAUUAAACUUGCGAAUAAAGCAUUCAGCCGGGGCCAACAAGCUGAUACUGGAUUCGUGAAUGCAUGGGUCGGCCAAGCUAUUAUAGCAGAACGAAUAGGACAAUCGGACGAAGCUAUGGAUUUAUUCCGUCAUUGCACUCAACUUGAAUUCCGCACCGAAUCUGCCGUUGGGUACGCGUAUUGGGUGUGUAAUAUUCUCUCGAAUCCUGAAAAUCUGAAAGACCCAAGAUAUAAAUAUGCUAUUGAAAACAUGCAUGCCGUUCCUGUUGCAUUGGACUCUAUAAAUUGGUAUUAUGGUGCAGUAGGUGUGGACGCAACUUUAGAAUCACUAUCAUAUUUAGGAUUCCUGAACUCUCGUCAAUCAUUAACGAAUAGUGCAACCAAAGCAUUCGAGUUGGCUGUGGAAAAGGCGAGCGGUCCUGAUAAAGACAAAAUGUUGUGUAAUGUUGGCUAUAGCUAUCUUCGAAAUAAUCAACUGCAGGAGGCCAUCAAAGCAUUUGACGAAGUCUCCGAAGCGUCAUUCAAAUCAUACAUUGGAUUGGCUUUAGCCCGUUUCAGAGCUUCUCAAUUUCAAGAUUCUUAUUCAGUUUAUAAUUUAGCUUUAGAGUGGUUGGCAAACAAUGAGACUGAAAAAUCUUUGAUAUUAGUAGCUAUGUCGUCGAUGGUGUAUGCCGCACAAGGGGAAGGUGAUACGAAGGGAAUAUUAAAGCAAUGUAUUAAUUUACAGAACCCACCAAUACAAGCACUUUUCUCGGCCUGUGCACUUGGAAUAAUACACACAGACCAAAAACUUAUUGAUGCUGCCCUGAAAGCUCUGAAACCAUAUGAGGAUGACGUCGAGCACUGUCACCAUAUUGCAUUUUUAAUUGCACAAGUCCAUGCUUAUAAUAACCAAUCAAAGAAAGGCUUGAACCACCUCAUAUCUAGAGUACAUGCGUUCCCUGGUAGACCGCUUUUACGCCGGGUACUGGCCGACUAUUUGCUCCAUAUUUAUAGACGUUCGAAAAAGCAUAUGGGACCGGCAAGUAAAAUUGCUGAAAGUACAGUUGUGCUCGAAUUACGAAAUCCCCGAAGGACUAAGGAGAUGUCGUUGAAUGCAAGUAAAUAUUUGGCUGUGGCAAGUGAAGCGAUGAAGCGCGUUGAUCGUGCGAGAAGUAUGAAACUAGCCCAACGUGCUAUUCAUUUGAAUCCUCUGUGUCAAGAGGCGUGGGAUGUUCUAGUGUCAUGUAAAAGUUAAACAAAGCAACCCACAAUUAGGCAAAUCAAUGAUUAUUUAUUCAAAUUGUAUGCUGUCUUUUUAUACCUUUUUUGUACACUUUUUGCUUGAAACGAUCAACUAUCCAAUUAAUUGUCAUUUUCCAAUUGAACAUAUUAUUUAUUGAGAUUUUAAAUAUUUAUAACACAAAAUGUUACUUAAAUGUAUGCCAAAAUAAAAACCCGCCUUGUUGACUCUACAA